AUGGAUGGUGGUUCUGCUGGUUCUAAACCGAACAUCGACGGCGAAACGAUCCCACUGAACAAACCGUCCUUGCAAUCAGGUGCAGAAGAAACACCUCUUAUUUUCGCUCACACCGACGAUCAUGGCGUGAGUCUGAGAAAGUCGGGUUUUGCAGAGAGCAUCAGAAAACUACGCGGCGCUACCAUGACAGUUUCGAUUUUGGAGAAGCCUUCGGAUGAUCGCAACGCGUCUGCUUGGCUGGCUGGCUGGAAUGUUACCAAUCUAAUUCAGGGAACCGGCAUCCUCGGCGUUCCAUAUGCCGUCCUGAUGGGAGGAUGGGCUGCUGUAGCUACAAUCGUUGCAGUAGCUGCUGUUUGCUGCUACACCGGCAAGCUUUUGGUCGACUGCCUGUACGAAGAGUCGAAGCGAACCGGUCAGCGCAAGCGAGUUCGAAUUAACUACCCAGAGGUUGGAGAAGCUGCUUGGCCAGGCUGGGGGAACAGAAUUGUCAGCGUUGUGCAAGUUUGCGAGAUGUAUGGUGGUGUAAUCAUGUACAUUGUGCUUCUUGCUACGGUAUUCAACGACAUUUUGAACGAGCUGACGCCCCUGGACAUCUAUCAGUGGGCAGUCGUAUGCGCGUAUGUUGCGUUACCAGGGAUCUUCAUAACGCGCGUUUCUGUAAUCGCUUGGAUCAGUAUGAUCUCCGUGUUUGCGCUACUUUCUAGCAUCGCCACCAUUAUCAUCUACUGCAUCACUGAGUACCGCGAUAUGUCCGUCUCAAACAUUCCUCGCUUCGAUCCAGAGAAGUUUCCCAUAGGCUUUGGUAUUAUCGUGUUCAGCUACUGCGCACACGCAGUGUUUCCUGGCGUCGAGGGCAGCAUGAGAGAGCCAAAAAAAUUCCCUGCGAUGAUGAACAGCGCGUUUACCCUGGCCGCAGUAGUUAAGAUGCUGCUUGGUAUGUUAGCAGUUCUCAGGUUUGGUCAAACUACCGAACAAGUCAUCACAGUUAAUAUGCGCAUCAGUCCAGUUUUCAACAUAGUAGCCACAGUACUUGUUGUCACUAAUGUGUUCCUGGCCUUCCCUAUUUGCAUGUUCGUUGUGUUGGAAACAUGGGAUGUAAAGGUUUUACCUUAUUUCCCGCAUCUUGGCAAGGAAACAGGUUACCAUUGGUUUUGGUUGCUUCUGACCAGAAUCAUGCUUCUCACACUUGCUUUGUUCCUGGCAGUUAUUGUACCACACUUUGGUCUUCUGAUGGGUUUUGUUGGCAGUUUUACAGGCACUUGCCUUUCUUUUGUUUUCCCUUGUGUUUUCCACAUGAUCUUGAAAUGGAAAACCACUCCUUGGUACAGUAUUUUAACAAAGAUAUUUGUGACAAUAUUUGGGUUGGUCUGUGGUGGGUUUGGUCUGGUGUUCUCAGGAAAGGCGCUUGCAAAAGCUUUCUCUUUUGGUUGACUGUUUUUAAAGUUGUCUCUUAUCUCCUCGUUCCUUAGGUGACUAUGGAAACAAUCACACUGUGAUCAGUGGACAGUUAUUCAAAGAAAUUUUAAAAUUGAUUAUCAUUGUAGUGAGUUAUUUUCAUGUAAGCAGCUUGUCUGAGUUCAGUAUAACUAGUGUUUUUUAGAGAAGUCAGGGACAGAGGAAGUGCAACAUAAGGCUCACAGUUGUGAAUCAAGUGCUGGGGACUGUAAAUACAACCAAGAGAUCAAGCCUUGUUUUUAGUCACAGCCAAAAUCCUUUCAUUUUAUCUCUUAAAGACACAAUCAAUCACUAUUUUUUAUUUUUGUAGGCAAAAAAAAACAAACAAACAAACAAACAAACAAACAAACUCAAGGAUAAUAUUUUCCUGAGUGUCUUCCACUAGACCAUUACCACUAAGAAUCUCUCCCCAUUCUCUGCUUAGCAAGGGUAAUCUAAAAUAAAUAAGAAUUGGCUCUGUUUCUGAUUUUUCAUCUAAGCAAUCAAAUAGUAGAAUUAACUCUUUACACCCUAACAUCAGCAUGCAUAUUCUCCAUAGUGUUCUCCAUACAUUUCCCAAGGUGCUGACAAGGAGAAUUUGUUUAACAAUCAAGACCUUCUUUAGUUGGUGAUCAUUUCCCUUUUUCUCAUGACCUUACUACAUGAUUCAGGGGCGACAUUGUAAGGAGGAAUUAGAUGCUAGUCACUCUUAAGGGUCAAAAGCUUAAGGAAAUGUCAAGGUGCAAUAUUUCAAUUGACUCCUAUGCUGUAUUUAAGAGGUGAUAUGUUUUUAAUUAAUCAUUCAUGUAAUUAUAUAUAGUCAGAGCUGGUCUUGUUCCAAGAAGACAAAAUUUGAUGUGACGCUGGUUCGAUUGGACACUUUUAGUCAUACAUGUGACAAUGGUAUGAUUACAAAUUUAUAAUAGCUUCUACGUGAUUUUUUUAAUGCAAUCCUGUAAGAAAUACAGAAACCUAUUAAAAGUCUUAUUUCUACACAAAAUAUAGUCUCUACCUCUCAUAGCUUGCUUUGUUUUAACUUGAGAUUAUUGAUUUAUUUCUAGAAAUUCCCUAAACGAAAUAAAUUUAAUUUAAGUCCAAAGAGUAUGCGUUAAACACUUUCAUGAGUAAUUUGCAAAUUAAUGGUGUACAGUGAAGAAUCGAGCCGAUCGUAAUUUCAAAAUCUUGAAGUCACGCAGCACUUUCAGAGCGUUGUGUGACAUCUCAAACGAAACUCGAAGGAGUGUACUGUGUAUCGAUUAGCACCAAUUUAAAAUGUACAUCGCACUGUUUAACCUGCUGUUCCCCUAAACAAUGGGAAACCAAUCAUCCGUUGAUCUUCUGCUACAAAAGAAAAUUAGUUUUGGCUCGUUGAUUGGGUACCCUUGACCCUAAUGUACUCAGGAAAGGCGUGUGGUACACGUGAUUAUUACCUAACCACGUACUGAUUAUCACAACAAAAACAACAAUCCGCGAACGGGACGGUAGUAGUGAGUCUCAAGUACUUGAUUGCUUGUUAAAGCGAUUUCUGUUUACCGUAUAAAACAGCACGUGGGUAGCAAAGCUUAAACAGUGAAGCACUGAGCGGUGGAACAAUGGCAGAAAGUGUGCCUUUGGUGUCUUCACCGAGUUCAUCAAUUAGGCAGCCUGCCGAAGAGGCAGCUUUCGGAACAACUCAAUCAAAGCCUACUAUUGUGCCUCUGGGAGAGAAAGCUCCUUUGGUCCAGGGUGAACAUGAAGUGGGAAAAAGUCUUCUUGGACUUAGUUUAUCAAGGAUGAAUUUGUCGCGGAGUUUAAUGAGAUUGCGUUCCGCCACGAUGACUGUGUCGUUAAUCGAAAAGCCUUCAGAUGAUCGCCGAGCCUCAGCGUUUCUUGCAGGUUGGAACGUAACAAAUCUCAUUCAAGGAACGGGGAUUCUAGGAAUACCGUACGCUGUGAAGCUCGGUGGGUGGGCUGCUGUUGUUUGUAUUUUUGUCUGCGGUAUUCUUUGUUGUUACACGGGCAAGAUUCUAAUCGACUGUUUGUACGAAGAUUCCAAGCGGACAGGUCAAAGGAAACGAGUAAGGGUGAAUUACCCUGAUGUUGGCGAAGCCUGCUGGCCCGUGUGGGGAAACAGGAUUGUCAGCAUUGUGCAAGUGGUUGAGAUGUCUGGCAUAGGCGUCACCUAUGUUGUCUUGAUGGCCACCAUCUUCCUUGAUCUUUUCCACAACAAGAGUAUGGAUGUUUAUGACUGGACCGUUGUGGUUGGUUGUGUUGUCCUUCCAGCAAUCUUUAUCACCCGCGUGUCACUCAUCGCCUGGUUCAGCAUGAUUUCUGUCUUCUCUUUGUUCUCUGGUGUCUUCACCAUCAUAAUCUACUGCAUUACACAGUAUCAGAAGAUGAGCUUCAGCAACAUGCCAAGUUUCCACCUAAACUCUUUUCUGGUUGGCUUGGGCAUCAUUGUAUUCAGCUUUACAGCACAUGCAGUAUUCCCAGGAGUGGAAGGAAGCAUGCGUCAUCCUGAACAGUACCCCAUGAUGCUGAAAGUUGCCUUUGCAAACUCAAUAAUCACCAAACUUGCUCUGGGCCUACUGGGUGUGUUUCGAUUUGGGCAGGAACUUAACCAGGCAAUAACAGUUAAUAUCAAAACCAGUCCAGUCUUUUACAUUCUGUCCAAUGUUUUUGUUAUUGGUAAUGUUGUGCUUGCCUUUCCUCUUGUCAUGUUUGUUGUUUUGGAGACAUGGGAUAAAAAAAUGCUUCCUCACUUUCCUCACCUUUCUAAGGAUUCAAGUUUUCACUGGUUUUGGUUGAUCCUGACGCGUCCAUUGCUCCUUAUGUUUGGUGUCUUCCUGGCCAUCACCGUACCUCAUUUUGGCUUAGUUAUGGGUCUGCUUGGCAGCUUAACGGGAACCAGUCUGUGUUUCAUUUUCCCAUGCAUUUUCCAUCUGAAGCUGAAGUGGAAGAAGUUAAACUGGUUGCAGAUUGCAUGUAGAGUGGCUGUCACCAUCUUUGGAAUUGUUGUUGGAAUCCUUGGAGUGGUAUUCUCAGCAAUUGAACUAAUCAAUGUGUCCAAGUGAGGAAAUAAAUUCUGUAACAAUAAGUAUUUCAUAAGGUAUAUAAACUGAGACCUGCUUUGUUGAUACAUGUAACACAAAUGAUAAUAACUAUUAAUAUAUAUUGGAUCCAAAAUAUGCAUUAUUCUGUAAAUAUUUUGACCCGAAUUUUUAUUUAACAUAUGGUUCCUCAGAAUAUCAAACCAAGGAAGGUCAUCAGGAAUUUGAAGGGGAGGGGGGGGAGGUAAAAGGAGAGGGCAAUCAUGGUUAUAAACAUUCCCCCACCCUCUUCUCCGAAAAAAAGAGAAAAAAAAUCAGUGAGCCCAGAAAAAAAUGAUAGAAAACAAAUUAAACUUAGAAUUUAACUUGAAAUAGAGAUCAGGAAGAAAGAACAGCUCAAUUUUUGAGCAAAACCUGGUUGAAAUGUAUAAAAAGGAAGAAUAAUUUGAGGUCAGUGGCAAAUUAUAGGGAUGUAUACAGGUGAUCUCUGAUAAUUUUCUUACCUCAGACAGCACAAAUUCUUCAUGACCAAAUAAAAAAACAAACAAACAAAAAAACAAUUAUUGGAUCAUUUUUGCUCUCACUCUUAACAUUAUGCUGAGUAAUGUCACCAUGAAGUGCAGAAGCAUGUAUUCCAAAUCAACUGUGGUCAUUCAGAAUUAUUUCACUGGUAUUGAUGUGAAGUUUUCUCAAAAGCUUGCACCUUUAUAGACUAUGUAAUUGUAUAGCUGAGUUGUAAUCAAAAUAUUAAAUUUUACAUUUUCAGCUGGGAAUUUAACAAUUUUUAUUGUGUUGUACCUUAUUAUGGGAAGGGGAGGUUACAUGAACCUGAUGCAAAUUGAUAUUAAUUUCAGUUGGAUGUAAUAAAAACAGUGAAUGGGAAAAUGGGAAAAUGAGAAAGUGGGAAAAUGAAAGAGAGAAAUUAUUUUUUAGAUAAAUUGUUUAUAAUGCAGAACAGAUGUUUUCAAUGGUGAUUAUCAAUAUCCACGCUAAUUUUUGGAAAAUUCUGCAGCAGAGUAACAGAAUAAAUUGGUGAUGACAAAAUAAAUUACACUAACUUGUUUCGACAUUUCACUAUCUGAGGCUCAGCUAUUAAUGAAAACAAUUUUAUAGAUAUUCUGAGGUUCAGGAGUUGGUUGUAUCGCGGAUGAGAGAGCAACCAAUAUUUAUGGCAUUCCCCAUUCUCUACUCCCUAUUCCCUAUUCCCCAUUCCUCGUUUUAGUAACAUCCAUGUCGUUAGUUUUAAUUUGCGUAACACUGAUUAAGUGAACUGUGAAUUUCCGCGCUCUUUAUUUCACUCAUUUAUGUCCCGAAUUAUCGAUUCACUCCAGACGUUGUUGACAACAAGGAAACAAUAGCGAAAAAUAGUUCUUUCAACAGGCUGAAGAUCUGUCAGUACUGUAGACAGUGCAAAUGACGCUAAGGUAACUUUCAAUCACAGUUGACAUGGUGGUUUAUCAGCCUCACUGUCGAACCAAUUUUCCUCCUGUCCCAGUUAAUUCUUCUUAACAUCUCACAUUUUGACGGAAAUUUCCAGAGCACCUCCUUCGCAUUAUUUCUCUUCAAUUAUUGGAAAGAAAUCUUUGAUGCUAAAUUCAUGUCAACGUCCUCUAUCCUAUUUGUAACGAAGUCUCCGCGGGAGAUUUGCAAUCUAAGCUCCUUGAGAAGUCUAAUCUGAGCGUGGCAUAAGUUCCAUUUGACUUCAUAGACAUUUGAAAAAUACUUUCCCAGUCGCCCAUCAAUAUUAUAGAGCUGUAUAGUCCAAAAAACUUAAAGUCAGACCAGAAUACAUCCUUAACGCCCCUCAGCAGGACGGUGGACGACUCCGAGUCCCAAGAACUACCAGAUACAAAUAGAUUGAAAACAGGUGCCAUGUUCUCAGUCUCUGUCCGUGGAACUGUCGUGUAUUCUUUUAGUGGAGACACUCCCUCUUCGAUUGCUUUCUAUAUUCUGUCUUAAUUCAUCGAUCAAAUAUCUAAUAAGUUGCUACAAUCAUGUUACUUGAUAACAGUACUUAGUCUAGUACUUUCACAUCGUUCAGUAGUCCAGCAGUAAUAUUACUAACACUGGUAGAAGUACUUUUACAAUGUUUUCAAUACACUACAAGAACCCUGACCCUUUACUGUAAUCAAAAGAAUAUCAACAGUUGAUAUUCUCUUGCUGUACUAUAGAGUGCGAUAUCGAGAGAACCACUCCCACACAGACUGUGGGGAUCAGAUAAUCGUCCCCUGUAGCAUCUUCCUAUUUUCGCGUGAAACGUGAAAUGAAAUCGUCCGUCUCCGUUAUUUGAGGAAUUUUCUGGCGCGAGCCUGCGAAGGAGUUCGAUUCAACAUGAUCCGUGAAUCAUCUUGUUGGAUUGAAGCAUUCUGGUCAAUUAUUAUAAGUCUAUGGAUUUAUUAACAAUGAGAGUAGAUUUAAAUGUUUUUUGUUACAUAAAUCGCUGUUGAAACUAGUUGGCAACAAACCCUUGUGUAUCCGUUCAGAGUUUAAAAAAAGCGGAAACACAAGAGACGUGAUCGGAUUUAUUUCAGCCAUAUGUGAAAGAAUUCUGACUUCAAGUUCUGUUCGUGAUUCAAUAUUUACCCUUUGAAACUCGUAUACUUCCCACAUGCCACUUUUCUUCAGCCACUUCUUGAGAAUUCGUAACGACAACGUAACUCGAACUUGAAGAUUAAUGUAGAAGUGAAUAAAUGUCCUCAAGAGAUUAAUUGAGGGACGGGAGCAAAAAAUUUGAAAUUCAAAACCCUACAAGUGACUUGGUGAAAGGCCAGAAUAAAUUACUAAUUACGAGAAAAAAUCAAACCACAGAUAAAACCACAGAUCAAACCUCAGAUCCCUGCUGGUGGGAAUUUUAGCCAUUGAUUUGUUAGCAUUUGUAGAUGUGGAAGACAAGCCCAUCUUAAAUCAUUUCAGUAAUAUUUAAAGACGUUUAUCAAAUCGAUUUCAAAAGCGCAGUAACAUAUUUUAAAUUCAACAUCCCCAACGGGUUUAAACUAUACUUCGGAGGGAUACAAAUAAUCUUUUAUUUUUAUUUUGUGACGUAACAAUAAAUGGUAACGCAACACUGCCACGAGGUACAUGUACAAAUCAAUAUUUGUGUCUGGCCUAAGCGUGCGUAGUGGUCGCAAUCGAACGUGCGAAAGUUGCGCUAAAAAAAGAACUUGCUGAGAACGCACAGCCGAUUCUUAGCAACACGGGUUACGAAACAGAUAUAACAGCAAAAGAAGGAAGAAACAGAACCUUCGCAUAAAAAUGGCGUCUGAAGCGGCCUCGCUCGAAGAAGAAGGCAUCGCUAUGACUGAACAAGAUCCUGCAGCACCCCGACCAACAGUUGUACGUUUGGACGAACGUUCGCAUCUGUUGUCUGUGUCAAACGACCAGAAAUCCCCAAUCUCUUCAAGCGUAGUUGGAGGUGCUUCUCCUAGAUCUGGCUUUUCUCAGAGCAUUAAAAAUCUGAAAUCAGCCACCAUGACCGUUUCGUUGUUAGAGAAACCGUCCGAUGACAGACGUGCCUCAGCGUUUCUUGCUGGCUGGAACGUAACAAACCUCAUUCAAGGCACAGGUAUCCUUGGGGUACCCUAUGCGGUGCGUAUGGGAGGUUGGGCGGCCGUAGCUGCUAACGCGAAAAUCGCCUUUCUUUGUUGCUACACCGGCAAGCUGUUGAUAGAGUGUCUAUAUGAGAGAUCUAAGCAGACAAAGAUGUUGAAACGGGUCCGAGUUAACUACCCGGAGGUCGGGGAAGCCGUAUGGCCCGGGUGGGGGAACCGGAUUGUGAGCGUGGUACAGUUCUGUGAGAUGUUUGGAGGGGUAAUUUCUUACCUUGUUCUGCUUGGUACCAUAUUUAGCGAUAUCCUGAGCAAGUAUAAACCAUUGAAUUUUGAUAUCUACACAUGGUCCUCCAUCUGUGCCUGCAUUGCUCUCCCAGGCUUCUUCCUACGCCGUGUGUCAGUCAUUGCUUGGAUCAGCAUGAUAUCCGUCUUUGCACUGAUGUCAUCGAUCAUGACAAUCAUCAUAUAUUCCAUAACAGAGUACAAGGACAUGUCUAUUAACAAAGUUCCUGGAUUUGACAUUAGGAAAUUCCCCAUUGGGUUUGGUGUCAUUGUCUUCAGUUAUACAGCUCAUGCUGUCUUCCCAGGGGUAGAGGGAAGUAUGCGACGCCCUGAACAGUACCCCAUGAUGAUGAAUGUGGCUUUUCUACUGGCUGCAAUUGUGAAAGUGGCAUUUGGCCUCCUUCCUGUGCUGCGAUUUGGAGAGGACACAAACCAGGCUAUCACUGUCAACCUCAAGACCGAUCAGGCUUUCUACAUUCUGGCUAAUGCUUUGGUUGUGACCAAUGUGUUUACAGCUUUCCCCAUUGUAAGCUACAUAGUGUUGGAAACUGUUGAUCACAAACUCCUACCAUACUUCCCCCACCUGGAGCGAGAGACAAAGUAUCACUGGGUAUGGAUCUUGCUGUCACGCCCACUUGUCUUAUCCUUUGGCCUCUUCAUGGCCAUUAUUGUGCCUCAUUUUGGCUUAUUCAUGGGUUUGGUUGGAAGUUUUACAGGUACAUGUCUUUGUUUUAUAUUCCCCUGUGUUUUUCACAUCGUUCUGAAAUGGAAAGAGCUGAGAUGGUACAACAUCAUAGCCAGGGUUUAUGUGAUAGUUUUUGGCAUCAUCUGUGGGGUUCUUGGCAUUGUCUUCACCAGCAUAGAGCUUGCAAAUGCUGUUAGUGGAAUUUGA